GGGUGUCCACCCUUCUUUCGACAGAGCUCUUUGGGAUGCAAUGGCUUGGCACAUGAAUAGACCGUCCAUGACCUGCAACAAUACACUGGCUUCUGACAACAUGCAGUCUUCCGCGGAUGACGUGGCAUCCGGGAGGAACGGGGGUGGUGAAGGGAGUGCAGGGGCGAUUGGUGGGAAGAGGAACGUUCGAGAUCCGUCUGAUGGUUCUGAUGGUGGCACGAAGACAAGGAGGACAGGAUCCGGCAAGGUCAGGGGAAAUGGGGACGAUGAAUCCAGCUCAUUAGUAUCGAAGGCAAUGGAGGAGUCGACGCGCGCAUACUGUGAUGGACUGCAGCAAGCUGCAUUGACUUUGGCCAAGGCAAGCACGAAGGGUGCGGAGAUAGUCGGUGUACGGAUAGGGGAGAUGGCAGGGAAGAUUGGUGCUGUCGCUGAUGCAAUGGUGGGAUCAAAUGACGUGCUCUCGCAACUGGUCGGGGUUUUGGCAGGUCGGAGGCAAGGAACCCGAAGGGGGGAAUGGGCGGGCGAUGAAUCUCCUUAGCAUCGGAUGUAGCUUGGACGA